UUUGCCAGUUGGUGGUGGUAGUGGUCUGCUUCCACUACGACUCUCGCUGCUUAUCGAACUCCCCAGUCACCGCCAUGAGCCGUUAUGACAGCCGCGCCGCCGACCCAGCUUCCUAUCGUGACCGGAGAAGCGAUUCGGGGCUAGGAGCACCUCCGGCUUCAGCUUCAGCUUCAGCUUCUAGUAGAAGGGAUUACGAUGACGGUGGAGCCUCCCCAAGGAAGCUGAAUUUGGACGGCUUGCCCCAUUUCGAGAAGAAUUUCUACCAUGAAUCGCCUUCCGUUAGGGCAAUGACUGAGUCCGAGGUUGACGACUACCGUCUCCGCAGGGAAAUCACCGUUGAAGGCCGUGACGUCCCCAAACCUGUCAAGUCCUUUCACGAUGUUGGCUUUCCAGAAUAUGUACUGCAAGAGAUUAAGAAAGCUGGCUUUGUCGAACCUACGCCCAUUCAAUCUCAGGGUUGGCCAAUGGCUUUGAAAGGGCGCGAUCUGAUCGGAAUUGCGGAAACAGGGUCAGGGAAGACGCUUGCUUACUUGUUGCCUGCCAUAGUUCAUGUAAAUGCUCAGCCAAUUCUAGAUCCUGGAGAUGGACCAAUUGUGUUAGUUUUGGCCCCAACUCGUGAACUUGCCGUCCAAAUACAACAGGAGGCUACUAAAUUUGGUGCAUCAUCAAGGAUUAAGAGUACAUGCAUCUAUGGUGGGGUUCCGAAGGGGCCUCAGGUGCGUGAUCUCCAGAAAGGCGUUGAGAUUGUAAUUGCUACUCCCGGAAGGUUAAUUGAUAUGCUUGAGUCAAAUCAUACUAACUUGCGGAGGGUCACAUACCUAGUAUUGGACGAAGCUGAUAGGAUGUUGGACAUGGGGUUUGAUCCUCAGAUAAGGAAGAUUGUCUCACAGAUUCGUCCAGAUCGUCAGACUCUGUACUGGAGUGCUACCUGGCCAAAGGAGGUUGAACAAUUGGCAAGGCAGUUCCUUUAUAACCCGUACAAAGUAAUUAUAGGUUCUUCAGAUUUAAAAGCUAACCAUGCCAUACGACAAUAUGUUGACAUUGUUCCUGAAAAGCAGAAAUAUGACAAAUUGGUGAAGCUGCUGGAGGACAUCAUGGAUGGCAGCCGAAUACUGAUAUUCAUGGAUACCAAGAAGGGAUGUGAUCAGAUCACUAGGCAGCUCCGCAUGGAUGGUUGGCCCGCACUAUCAAUUCAUGGAGAUAAAAGUCAAGCAGAAAGAGAUUGGGUGCUCUCAGAGUUUAAAUCUGGAAAGAGUCCAAUAAUGACUGCAACAGAUGUUGCAGCUCGGGGUUUAGAUGUGAAGGAUGUGAAGUAUGUGAUAAAUUAUGACUUCCCGGGAUCACUUGAAGAUUAUGUACAUCGUAUUGGUCGGACAGGGAGAGCUGGUGCAAAAGGAACUGCAUACACGUUUUUCACAGCUGCUAAUGCCAGAUUUGCAAAGGAACUUAUAACCAUACUUGAGGAAGCUGGACAAAGAGUGAGCCCUGAAUUGGCUGCAAUGGGGCGUGGUGCACCUCCUCCGCCAUCAGGUUUCCGAGACCGAGGGAAGGGUUAUGGCAGCAGUCGCCCGUGGAGCUAAUCGAUGGAGAUGGCCAGGUCUUCAGCGAUGUUUUCCUUGAUGUUACGACCUGACCCAUUAUUACUGUCCUUUUAAAUUAGGUUUUGUAAGAAUGGUGGUAGGAAUUUGAUUUACAGCUUUUGUUAGACUCUUCUUCCUUACUUGGUUCGAAUGUCCAUAGAACAUGGAGAAGCCUUGUAUCACUGUAAAAUCAAAACACUUGUUUAUACUUGAUAGUUCAUACCCCAUUAAUUCA